AUGUCCUCACCAAUUCCCCUUCCAUGGCCGACUUUCUUCGCCCAAUCGCUUAACGAUUACGCCGAAUUGAUCUUCAACUACAAUAAUCAGUAUUUUCUGCGACUUCGCAUUCAUGAAGUCACCUCGUUGCAACUCUCACAGAUGGUCAGCGCCUCGCAGUGGAUCGAGAAAAUCGUCAACGCUAGAAUGACCUCUCCGGAAUUCACGCUCGAGUACGUGGACGAUGAGAGCGACGAGAUUUGUGUCGAAAAUCCGACCGCCAUUCAAUAUCUGGAUUUAAUCCGUUAUGCCCGAGAUCAGCCAUCAAAACGGAUCGAUUUGCGCACAACGGUUCGUCCAAUCAACAUGGUUCUCGAGCAACGCAAUUGGGCCAACGAUCGAUCACAAUCGCCCCUUGAAUCGUGGUGUUGCGGAGAAGAUUUUGUGGAAACGAUCCGACGCCUCGAGAAGAAACAAGAGAUCAUUCGAGAGAAUGCAAUCAAAACAUUGACGCAUCAAUCGCGAAUCUUGCAAAGCUACGAGAUGAAAGAAAUGACUGGUUCUCCACUUUGUGGCACCCCACCGGCCACCCCGAACUCGUCGACUCCAGGCAGUGUGAUGACUCCCGAGAGUUUCGAGGCUUGCAUGCUUGAUGACGCUAAAAAGAGCACUCCAAUGAAACCAUUCGAGCAACGUGGAAACGCGGAAAUUCUCGAUUUUAUCGACGAACUUCAAUCGGAGUUGAUCGACGCUGGACAGAGGAUUGACAUGAAUCAGAUCUGUGGCCACUUUGAGUCGAAGCACGGUUUGACGAUGACGAUGACGAAUUCGCAAUCGGUUGACGGUUGCUCGCAAACCGAUACAAAGUUAUCGAAAGAUGCGGCCACUGGGAAUGAGCGUGAAAAAGCCGAAUAUAUGGAGUUGAUCGACAUGAUGCAAGGAAAUUUCCCACUACAAGGACUCAAGGUUAAUUUGGAAAAGCUUCGCUCUGAGCUCUUCGCAGAGAAGAAAAUCGAGUCUCACAGCGGAUUGUCCCUUGUGCACACGGCUUCUCAUACAGUAAAAGGGAGACAAAACGAUUCCCAGAUUCAAACCGAGAAGCCAACAAUGAGAAAUACGGCCACUGGCAGUUCGUCAAAGUGGUUCCAUCACCCGGACGAUCCGUCGAUUUUGGUGAACCGCGACGUGGCGGGCACUUUAUACAAAACGCGUCCGAUUCCACCGGCUGUCCUUAAGAAUCUCUCGAAACCCUUCCAUACAUGGGGCACAGCUAAUGCGAAUCGAAAGAAGGAAUUGGGAAAACGCGAAAGCGGGAUGAUCGGAAAUGGAGUGACGAAGCGGUGCAAAGAGGAGCGCAAAGAUGGCGGCGAGAAUCUGAAAAUGGAACGAGCGAAACCGCGUGCCGUUGUGAUGAUGCCCCGAAAGGAUCGUGUGAAACGAGUGGAGAAGACGCAAAUGUCAAUGAUCAAUGCAAAACAACAGUCAACAGGACAUGAAGUAGUGAUCUUGAAAAAGGGAUAUUCAGAGCCGAGAAUUGGCAUUGCGAGGGAGUGCCGCACAAAGCCACUCGGUGUGCUUGGUGAGAAAGAAGUGCUAACGAAAUCGUUCCGUCUCGUCAACCUUUGCAACAAGCCAUUGAACAAUGUUCGGCUCCGUCUUUUCCGUAAAUCGUCUCAAGUCGAGAACAUCACGUCAUUUGAGGGAAAUUUCGACUUCUCCGUUGGAGAGCAGAAGAAAAUCCGAAUCGGUUUUGCUGUGCCUGUUGUGCGCAACGAGGCUGCUUUCGCCUCUUACGUCUUGGAGAGCCCAACUGGUCAGGUGAUCUCUCCAUAUUUGCACUUGAUUGCUGCCUCGAAGUUCGCUUUGCCUGAAGCUGAUGAAGAGGUGUCCUCGAAACUCGAGAAAUUCACCGAGGGAAUCGUCGAGGAACCUCACGAGGCACUUUUCCUCGAUGAGCCAAUCAAAGUGAACUGUGAACCGUUAAAGAUUGAGCCAAAGUUGCCGGAGAUGGAUCCGAUCUCGAAAUGGGUUGAGGAACAGCAAUCUCGUCUCAGCUCAUCCCCAAUCCCACCAGCUCUUGGCACAACGAAACGAGAAGCGAUCGAGUAUCAGAGAAAAGCUGAUCAAUAUUAUCCGAUCGCUCUUCCGAUGUCCUCGUCUGUGCACACGGCAAUCGACGUCAAUGAGACUCCCCUUGUGGCGACUCGAGUUGAAACGGUCGUUUCCACUGAUGAAACCCUCAUCUCGACUCAUUCGGUUUCAAAUGAGGAGACAACCCCGCUGAUGAGCUGCUCGGUUCACACAGCUAUUGCUGUCAAUGAGGCUCCUCUUCCUUUGACCACUUCAGUUCACACAGCUGUCGGUGGUGAGGAGAUGUUUGCCUCAACUCAUACCGCUAUAAUCGAGGAAACCGCCCCAAUGAUGGCGUGCUCUGUGCACACUGCCAUAGGAAACAAUGAUGAGACUUUUGCCAACGAGGAGAUUUUCGCCUCGACUCACACAGCUCAACCCGAGCAGACGCCGUUGGCCGCCUUUUUCGCUAAAUUGGUGAGCACUCGAAAUGAGAUGAAACUCGCCGAAAAGCAAAUCUCACUCGGAAUUGAGCAGGACUUUGAUCAAUUUGAAACCGAUCCAAAAAUCGAGAUGAAUGCUGUGGUGGAAACCGUUGUUGAGACUGAGGGCGAGUGUGUGGCCCGGCAGAUCGACAGUGGAAUUGAAGAGGCUGAACUCCUCUUGCCGACCCCGUUGCCAUUCAAGAUCCGUCUCGAUGCUUACGAGUCGUUGAGCCAAGAGACUCGUCAUUGCGGUUGCAAGUGCAAUUGUCGUGGAGAUACGGCUGAACCCGCUAACAAAGCGGCUUCCUCACCAGCUCCAUCGCCCGUUGUCAUCCAGGCUCAAGCCACCCAGGCUGCUCAGGCUGCCCAGGCUGCUCAGGCCGAUGCACAGCUGAAGAAACAACAGGUACCGAUCAGCGUUGAGGUGCAAACAACGAUGCCCAUCCGAGCCACCGCUUCCGCGCAGAUCAUCGUCGAAGAGGUGGCUGAUGAGGUGGAUGAAGAAACCGAACCGGAUAUGGAUCUCACACAGAAUUCCCCUCAAUCAAGGAUGAUUGUCAAGGAUGAGAACACGUGGGAGUCUGGCUUGGAUGAUGAACCACACGGUUGCCCCAUUCCAGCUGAUAUGGAAUUCCUGGAGGAAGAUGAGACUCAAUCCGAAUCAUCGGAUGAUGAUGAUGAUGAUGAUUUCACGGAUGCACACGAGGAUUCGGAUUCCUCGGAAACGGAGGGAUCAGAUUUUGAAGUGAUCAAUGUCGAGGAUCAUUCAAUCGUC